CUGAGCCCAGCAUGGCUGUCGGUGGCGGUGCUACAGAAAGCGGCGACGGGGAAGCGGGCGGCCCCGUUGAUGCCGAGAGCCAACUGCUGGAGACGGAGCUCAAUGAGGCGGAGUUCACACUGCUUGGGGAAGUGCAGCAGAUCGAACAUCUCGCGCAAGAGAACAGCAACAAGCUUGAGGAGCUCCGUGGGCUGAAAGAAGACGUCAAUACGCUGCAGGAAAAGAACGAGUACCACAUCUCUAUGCUGCAGGAUGAACACGCGUCGGUUCAACAAGAGCUAUCGCAUAAAAUGGCCGUUCUCCGAGAACAAGCGACACAGCUGGGCCUGAAGCACGAACGCUACAAGACAGCGGCACGCCUGAACGAAGAGAUCAGUGCGGAGGUGGAAGCCUUGCUGCGAAAAAUGGAACAGAGAACCAAGACACACGGGGAAGAAGUACACGCCAUUCGGCAGGAGGUACUGCACUUGAGACAGCAACUAGAGUCAACUUUCAGGAAGACCCUCAAGGAUCUAGGGGGCACCUAUCGACGCAAGGCCUUCGAAGCUCUGGCGAGUGAAGAAAAGACGGACAUGCGGGCGAACAAGCUUUUGAGGGAGGAGAUGGCUCUGCAAGAACUAGGUACUUGUUGGUCCAUCGGCAGUGGUAGCGUUGUGGGGGCCGUGCGUGUUGCCUGAU